AUGCAAGCACAAGAAAAAAAAUAGCAGUUUAAUCCAUAUAAAGUAGCAUUAUUUAGUGCAUUAGGAAGUUUAGCAGCCGAGAUGUUAUUAUAUCCAUUAGAUACAAUAUGUACAAAAAUAGUUUCAAAUACAAAGCAAUAUUUGACUUUAAAAUAAGGAUAUAAUAUGAUUGUAAGUAAAGAAGGAGUAAAAGGUUUAUAUAGAGGCUUUAGUACAAUAGUACAUUGUAGCUUCACACCUAGUAUAAUAUAUUUUUUUAGUUACGAAAAAAUGAAUAAAUAUUGUUUGAAAAGAAUUAAUUAAAUUUAAAAUGAAAAAAUGAAAACUUUAUGUAAAUAAACAAUGCCUCUUAUUACUUCUUCCAUUGCAGAAAUUUUGUGUUUUAUUCCUUAUAUGCCUUUUGACGUGGUACGUAAUAGGUUGCAAAUAAAUGACCCCAAUUUCUAGUACAAAGGAUGUAUAGAUGGUUUAAAAUAGAUAUAUAAAAAAGAAGGCUUUCUAAGAUUAUAUAAAGCAAGUCAUAUACAUAUAAUUACAACUACUUUUUACACAGGCAUUAUGUUUUGGCUAUAUGAAUUAUAAAGAUACCAUUUAUUAAAAAAUAAUAAAUAAAGAAAAUAAAAUACACUUAACUUUUUAGAAAGUACAGUUAUUUCUUUAAUAAGCACACUUAUUUCCACUAUUAUCAUAAAUCCUUUAGAUUUAAUUUUGACAAGAUACUAAAUUAUUGAUACUAAUAAAUAAAAAUUAUCAACAAAAAUUAUAGUUUAAGAUUUAAUAAAAAAUGAAGGUUAUUUAGCCUUCUUUAAAGGCCUUAGCAGUAGAAUUACAAUUUAAAGUUCUCAUGUAGUUAUUUGGAUGCCUAUAUAUGACCACUUUAAAGGAAUUUAUGGCGCAGAUAUUUAUGAAAAUACUUUGUAUUGAAAAUAAUAAUUAUUAAAAAAAAAAGGGAAGUUAAUAAAACUUAAAUAUUUAUAAAAUAAAAAAUUGGAAAUCUUAUUUUUAUAAUUUAAUAUUUAUAAACCUAUAAAUUUUCUAUGUUGGUGUUCUUCAACUAUAUUUUUUAUUGAUUUAAUUUAUAAACCUCAU